AUGGGAAUGCGGUCAUGCGCUGGUGCUAAGGUGCUCUUUGGCUUGGUGGUCGGACUGGUCGGCUCUCGUGCUUGGAUCGGCCAAGGAAAUCCGCAGAAAUGGUUGCCAAAACGUGUGGCAACACACGCGAGCUCCAGCGCCGGUCAGGAUUCGAGGCCGACAGUAGCCGUCGUCGGGGCCAAUGGCCGAACAGGUUCACUAGUCGUUGAGGCUUUGCUGAAAGAUGGUUUGGCCAAGCCUGUGGCCGUAACCCGAAGCGGUUCUUGGAAUGCCAUGGAUGACAGCACCAAGGACGUCGAAGUUCGCCAGGCAGAUGUCACGACUCCAUCCUCUCUGGUUGCAGCUUUGGCGGGCGUGUCAGCCGUGGUUUUUGCUGCUGCGUAUUCGCGUGGCAAGACAGAGCCGAAAGACGUGGACAACGAGGGCUUGGUCAACUGUGCGAAGGUGGUUCUUCAAGACAAAAUCGAGCGCCUCAUCGUUGUCAGCAGCGCAUCGGUAACCAGACCGUACGCUCCGGUUGGCAUUUUGUUGAACACGAUUGGGUCCGGAGUGUUGAACGAGAAGCUGGAGGGAGAAAAUCGGAUCAAGGAGAUGUUACAAGGAAGUGAGUCAUCAUACACGAUUGUAAGACCCGGCGGGUUGACCACAGACCCAGCAGAUGGUUUCUUGGAGCUGCAGUUCAACCAGGGCGACACUUAUGUGGGAAACGUGGCUCGAGCCGAUGUUGCUGCAGUGUGUGCAGUGGCUGCAACGGAUCCUCUGAACAGUGGCGCUGGUAAAACCUUUGAGAUGUUCAAGGCAAGAACUCGAAAUCCACUACUUCCCUGGUUCCGCGGCAAGACGAGAUACGUCAUUGCAGGGCUUCGUGAUUGUGGCGCCAUGCUGGCCAGACUCAGGCCCGACAAAGAAGUUUACGAUGUGCCGGGACCGCUGCCCCUCUCGCUCGACGACUUCAAGCUGGGGCUGCCUAACAAGUGA